AAUGGAAUAAUAGUAUAAUAAUACAAUUCCAUGAAAAGUUUGGGGGAAAAAAAAAGACAAGCAUAGUCUUCGAAUUGAAAAUCCAGAAAAUUAAGUAAAGCCCAGAACCAGAAGAUGCAGAAGCAGAACCCAUAACAAAAAAUGACUCCAAGUCCACCACUUUCUCUCCUCUUCUUCUUCUUCCUUUCAAUCACUGUGCAAACCCAAUUGUUCCAAACAGUUUGUGGAAGAGAAGAAAUAGAGAAAGGAAUUGGGCGCAGAGGUCUGCUGAGUUUCAUAGAAACCCCUAAAGGAAGCAACGUUUCCUUUGAAUGCUCUCCUUCUGGUCCUUGUAUUUCCUGCCUUUAUUCAGAAAAGACUGAUGAGAAAUAUCGAUGCAGUGAGACUGGCUAUCGUAUCCCUUUGAAAUGUGUAGAAAUUAAAGAUAAUUCAAAGAACAGAAAUGGGAAUGGGAAAGGGAAAAAUUCUCGGAACAGUCGAUCUACUCUGGAAAUCUCUCACGGCAAUGAAAUAUUACUUGCAGAAUCUCUUGAUGCUGGAGAACUCACUACUUCAAUGAAACAUAGAAGUUUACUGGAGGAUCCAUCAACACCAGAGAGUGGACCGCAAGCCUAUAUUACUUAUAGAAGCUGUUUACCACCAGUUAAUGAAGAGAAGAUGUCAGUGCUUGAGUUUGAGGGGAUUGUGUUGUGUUUGUUGCUCGUUAGCAGUUCAAUUAUAUACUUCAGAAGAAAGCGGACCAUUUCCAUGACUACUUUUGGAGCAGGGAGGAUCCAGACCAACUCUAGGUUUUGAUUCAGAAACCUGUGGGUAUGAAGAGUUGCUCCGUUUGAAGCCAAUUUGUAACAGUAACUGAGUGAUGUUAGGCUAUUGAUUUUAGAAAGAAUCAAACCAAGUGUUCACUAUAUGCUGCCCACAGUUUGUUCCUCUUUAUUUUUUUCCCAAUUUCCUAUACCUAAAUGAUAAUUUUUCCUUUGAUUUUUUCUUCUGUAAUAUAUAAAGCCAUAUUUACACGAGGUCCACAUGCAUCUUUAA